AUGAACAGAAAGAAUAUGUUUUGUAGUUUUGUUGCUGUAAAGUGUGUGAUUUUCUCUGAAGUCAGCAUUGGGAUCCCAGCCAAUGCCUUCCUCCUGCUCUUCCACCUCUCAUUCCUGCUCAAGCACAAGCUCAAGCCCACCGACCUGACCAUCGGGCACUUGGCCCUCAUCCACCUGGUGACGCUGAUCAUUGCAGGGUUGGUAUCCAUGGAUGUGUUUCAGUCUCAGGGGCAGUCAUGGGACGGCAUCGCGUGUAAAGCACUUUUCUACUUGUACCAGGUGCUGCGGGGCCUCUCCCUGGGCAACACCUUCCUGCUCAGUGUCCUCCAGGCCAUCGCCCUCAGCCCCAGGAGCUCCUGGAUGGCCAAGUUCAAACAGACAUCCUCCCAUCACAGCCUGUGCAUCUUUCUGUUCGCCUGGGUCUUCAGUUUGUCCAUGAGUGUGCAUCUCUUAAUCUGCGCUGUUGCUUCAACAAAUCAUACGUCCAGCAAUGUUAUGGCUGUCACUAAAUCCUGUUCUCUUUGGAUCCUGAGCUACUUUCCCAGGCACUUACUUUCCAUAUUGUGGAUCUUUCAGGACGUCUCGCUCACAGGGCUCAUGGCCCUCUCCAGUGCCUACAUGGUGACCCUCCUGUGCAGGCACAAGAGGCAGUCCCGGCACCUCCACAGCACCAGGCUUUCUCCAAGAGCCUCCCCAGAGCUGAGGGCCACCCGCACCAUCCUGCUGCUCAUGGGCGUCUUUGUGCUCCUCUACUGGCUGGACUGCAUCAUGUACUCGCUCUCCACGAUGAGGUGGAAUAUUGACUCAGUUCAUAUGUGUGUCCAGAUGUUGGUGAGCACUGGCUAUGCCUCCAUUGCCCCUUUGUUGCUAAUCAGCAGAGAAAGACGAAUCAUCCAGUUUUUGAAGUCCAUGUCCAAGACUGAAAGUUUCUGA